UGAGGAGAUUUAUAAACUUGAGAAAGCAGGGAGCGAAGAUAUGGAUGGAUGGAGGGAGCAGGGAGGGCAGAGCAAAGCUUGAGCCGCGGAGGGAGGAAGUGGAGAAAAAGAGAUCCAGCGUCGCUUUGGUUCCGCUCCAGCAAAAGCAGUUUCUGAAGAGCUCUGUGGAGUUUCCUGAAAGGAAGCGUUGCUCUGUGUUGCUGUCGGGGGUCUGCGGAGAAACUGGACAUGAGGCUGCCACAGCUUCCGUUGCUGCUGCUGCUGUUCCAGGUCUAUGCUUUGAUCUUCUCUUCCAAAGGUGCUGCUCUCAACCGAGCGGAGAAGAAAGAAGCCAUGGACUUCCUGCUCCAGUUCGGAUACUUAGAGAAGCCGCUGGAGCAGUUCUCGGAUGCCUUGACAGAAGAGGAGAUCGAGAAUGCUGUGAGGGCUUUCCAGCUUGCAUCAGGACUGCGUUCUACCGGGCGUCUGGAUGCAGCAACCCUCUCCCAGAUGCGGCAGCCCCGUUGCGGCGUAGAAGACCCAUUCAAUGAGAGGACCCUCAAAUAUCUACUCUUGGGACGCUGGCGCAAAAAGCACCUGACCUACCGGAUCUACAGCCACAGUGAGGAUUUGGGGGCCGCAGCCACACGCACUGCCAUCCAGACAGCUUUCAAGUACUGGAGUGACGUGACCCGGCUCACCUUCCAGGAGGUGCGGAGCGGCCGGGCUGACAUCCGCCUCUCCUUCCACGGCACUUCUACUUGGGGCUGCUCACGGCCCUUCGAUGGGCCUGGACAUGUCUUGGCCCACGCCGACAUCCCUGAGUUAGGCACAGUUCACUUUGAUUCCGAUGAGCACUGGACGGAAGGGACCUCGCGCGGCGUCAACCUGCGCAUCAUUGCCGCCCAUGAGAUUGGCCAUGCUUUGGGGCUGGGCCAUUCCCGGCAACCGGGUGCCCUCAUGGCUCCCGCCUACAGCGGUUACCGGCUGCGCUUCCGACUGCACCGUGACGACAUAGAAGGCAUCCAGGCCCUUUAUGGCAAGAAGACCAUUCUAACGACAUCGACGACUGUGACUUCACCUGCCCACAUGACUGUUCCGGCUGUUUCACAGAAGCCUAGUAAAAUUCCUAACCCAUGCAAAGAUGGACUGGAUGCUAUCAUGCUAGGGCCUUAUGACAAAACUUACGCUUUCCGUGGUGAUUACGUGUGGACGGUGACAGAUUUUGGUACCAACCCACCCAUGAAGAUCUCGGCGCUGUGGAAGGGGCUGCCUGGGGGGCUGGAUGCGGCUGUACAUUCUCCCCGAACUGGGCGCACUUACUUCUUCAAAGGUAUUAAACUGUGGCGUUACCGGGGAUUUAAGCUGGAUCCUGGCUAUCCCAAACCCCUCACCCGCAUCCCAGCUAAGAUAGAUGCUGCCCUCUACUGGCCUCAAAACAAGAAGAUAUUCAUCUUUAAGGGCACGGGCUACUGGCAAUGGGACGAACUGGGAAGCCACUUCUCCACUCUCCCCAGGAAGAUCUCCAGCCUUUUCUCAGGGGCCCCAUCAUACCUGGACGCUGCAUUCACCUGGGAGAACGGCAAAGUCUACUUUUUCAAGGGCGGCAUCUACUGGAGACUCAACGACCAGCUGAGAGUAGACCGGGGCUACCCACUGAGCACAGCCGAGCGCUGGAUGAACUGUUAACGCUGGCAAUGAUGCCCUGGCACGCUUCCCAGGACUGGCACGGGUGUGCCAAUUAGACAGCACACAACUAUUGUUAACAGACCCAACAGUGACGCCUAGAGGUGGUGUGUAGGAACAACAACUCUUCUGGAAAGAACCAAGCUUGGGAGAGCUGGAGCAAAACUAUAAUUCUGUUCCUGCUGCGCAUUUACCUUUUCAGUGCUGGACAUCAUAAACAUCCCCAUUUACCUUGGCAUCAGCAUAGGUGGCAGAAGGGACCUAUCUCACUUCAGGACACAGGGAGUCUUGGUUGGGGGACAUGGGGUAUGUGCCUAAGUGUCUUGUCUCGAUGUGAGAAGAAAGUAGAGGAGUUCAAAGUCGAAGGCGGGGCUUUUUCCUGUUUCUGCUGUGGUUUUGUAAGAUUUGAAGGGGGUGGGUAUGAGACAGGCACCAUUGCUCACCAACAGGCCUGCAAGUUUGGGUAGCAGAAUACUGACUGCUCACUUUUAUCUCCAUCAGUAGAAGAGCUAGCUGUUCAUUUUUUAAAUAAAAAUAAAAUUUAAUUAGGAUGACAUUUUUAGGGGAAGGGUCUGGCAUACCCAUGAAGGGCAGAGGGCUGGUCCUUGCGCCAGACACACACACAAUUUCUGUGGCAGACCCAGAGGGUUAUUAUUGUAUUCCGUGUGAUCUUGUGUAUCUAGCAAUAUGAAUGACGACUCCAAUUUGCAGGGCUGGAAUGGCACUCACGCCAUAUUUACUCAGCCCACAAUAAAAGGGAUAUGUGUCCCUCCUCCCACUCUCUUUUCAGCAUCUUUUAAGCCAGUGGUUUUCAACCAGUGUGCUGUGGCACCCUGGGGUGCCUUGAAUGACAGUCAGGGGUGUUGCAGACAACACUGGCCUCUGUCCCUUUCCUUCCCUCCCUCCUCUGAUGCCCUCUUGCAUCUUUGCCCCCCCAAAGAGUUGCACGGUCCAGGUGAAGCGUGCUUCUGGGGCUGGCCAGAGGGUGCUUCCCAGGCCCCUGUGGGACAGUGAGAGGAGGCAGCUUUCUUUGGGGCAGCUCAGAUACCAGGGGCAGCAGCUGCAACUGCCCAGAGGACUCCCAAGGAGGAGGGAGAGGAGGCUGAGGGAACACUUCACAAAAGAGGGUGUCCAAAAAGUGGCGAGGGGCUGCCGGCUCUGCAGGCAAGGAGUGGCAUAACUGGGCUCCUGAGCCCCACAGGGGUGCUGUAGAAAGAAUGUUGUAGGUCAAGGGAGCCGUGGACUUGAAAAGGUUGAAAACCUCUGCUUUAAGCAAUAUUCUACCCACCCCCUCCAAAUUUAGUGAUGGGAAACCUGUAGCCUAACACCUGUUGUUGAAUCCCACCUCCCCUAAUCCCUCACCAUGGGCCUGCUGGUAUAGCAAUUGGGCUUGGGGGGGGGCAUACAAAUUUGCUAUCUCUGCUGUAAAACUUCCGCUGUGUGCAUCAGUGUUGGUGCUUAUCUUUAUUAAGAGGCUCACUACAUGUCAUCUCUUGUCUAUUUUCCAAGGGGGGGUGGGGAGGAAUCCAGCCUUGCUAAUGUGCAGUUGGGAUUUACUUUCACUCUUCGCAGAAUUAAGGGUAGGUAGUUUUUCCGUUUUCUGCAAUGCCACUCUGGCCCCAUUUUGCAGGAGGCUGCAGUGCAGAACUCUUUUCAGUUGACCUUCCAAACAAAGAAGCCAUAGCCAUUUCCAGGCAGCAAACAUUCCCAACCUCCAGUAAUUUAGCUCAACCAUGUCCUCUUAUAAUACUAGAACUCCUCGGUCACAGGAGACGACCCGAUCGCAGGCACCAUGCUCAAGUAUACAAACUCUUUUUGUAGAUCCUACACAAAACCGGUGGCUUUCAUUUA